AUGUCGAAUAUGAUUCUCCUGACUGCGACAAGCAUUUUGUAUUUGCCCAUUUUGCUGUUCGAGGCGUUCGUGUUGUCCAAAGGGAAGUAUGAGAGGUCAGUGGUGCCGACCUCGGCCACCCGCCUGGUGGCCAGGAUGGACGGGGAUAUUAUAAUCGGCGCCCUCUUCUCCGUCCACCACCAACCAUCUGCCGAGAAGGUGGCGGACAGGAAAUGUGGGGAAGUCCGCGAGCAGUACGGCAUCCAGAGAGUGGAGGCCAUGUUCCACGCCUUGGAUCGGAUUAACUCGGACCCCAACCUGCUGCCCAACAUCACCCUGGGCUGCGAGAUCAGGGACUCCUGCUGGCACUCGUCGGUGGCUCUGGAGCAGAGCAUCGAGUUCAUCCGGGACUCUCUCAUCUCCAUCCGGGACGACAGGGAGGGCUCCAGGUGGUGCAUCGAGGGCGUCCCCUCCAGCCAGCCACCGCCCACCAAGAAGCCCAUCGCGGGGGUCAUCGGGCCCGGCUCCAGCUCGGUGGCGAUUCAGGUCCAAAACCUUCUGCAGCUGUUCAACAUCCCGCAGAUCGCCUACUCCGCAACCAGCAUCGACCUCGGCGACAAGACGCUGUUCAAGUACUUCCUCAGGGUCGUGCCCUCGGACACUCUCCAGGCCAGAGCCCUGCUGGACAUCGUCAAACGCUACAACUGGACCUACGUGUCUGCAGUUCACACAGACGGUAACUAUGGCGAGAGCGGGAUGGAGGUGUUCAAAGAGCUCGCCUCGCAGGACGGCCUCUGCAUCGCCCAUUCUGACAAGAUCUACAGCAACGCCGGCGAGAAGCACUUCGACAGGCUGCUGAGGAAGCUGCGGGAGCGUCUGCCCAAAGCCCGAGUCGUUGUCUGCUUCUGUGAAGGCAUGACGGUCCGAGGGCUGCUCAUGGCCAUGAGGCGGCUCGGAGUAGCCGGAGAGUUCCUCCUAAUUGGCAGCGACGGCUGGGCCGACCGGGUGGAGGUGGUGGAGGGAUACGAGCAGGAGGCUGUGGGCGGCCUCACCGUCAAGCUGCAGUCCGAAGAGGUCUCCUCCUUCGACGACUACUUCCUGAAGCUGCGGCUCAGCACCAACACUCGCAACCCCUGGUUCCCCGAGUUCUGGCAGUACCGGUUCCAGUGCCGCCUUCCCGGCCACCCCCAGGAGAACCUGAAUUAUGCACGAAACUGCUCAGGUUAUGAGAGUCUGGAGGACAACUAUGUUCAAGACAGCAAGAUGGGCUUCGUCAUCAACGCCAUCUACGCCAUGGCUCACGGCCUGCACGACAUGCACACUCACCUCUGUCCGGGCCACGUGGGGCUCUGCGACGCCAUGAAGCCCGUCGAUGGAAGCCACCUGCUGGACUUCCUCCUCAAGACGACCUUCACGGGAGUGUCUGGGGAGGAUAUCUGGUUCGACGAGAACGGAGACUCGCCUGGAAGGUACGAGAUUAUGAACUUCCAGCGGGUGGAGCCUGGAGUUUACGACUACAUCAACAUCGGCUCGUGGCACGAGGGCGUCCUCAGUCUGGACGACGACAUGCUCCAGAUGAACCGCAGCGACAUGGUUCGGUCCGUCUGCAGCGAGCCCUGCUCCAAAGGAGAGAUCAAGGUGAUAAGGAAGGGGGAGGUGAGCUGCUGCUGGAUCUGCACCGCCUGCAAAGACAACGAGUACGUCCAGGAUGAGUUCACGUGUAAAGCCUGCGAGCUGGGCUGGUGGCCUGACGAAGAACUGGAAGGCUGUGAGCCGAUCCCGCUGCGCUACCUGGAGUGGAGCAAUCCAGAGUCCAUUAUCCAGGUGGUCUUCUCCUGUUUGGGCAUCCUGGUGACGUCGUUCGUCGCCUUCGUCUUUGUCUUGUACCGCGACACUCCUGUGGUCAAGUCCUCCAGCCGGGAGCUCUGCUACAUCAUCCUGGCCGGGAUCUUCCUGGGCUACCUGUGUCCCUUCACCCUCAUCGCCAGACCCACCGUGGCCUCCUGCUACCUCCAGAGGCUUCUCGUCGGACUCUCGGCCGCCAUGUGCUACUCGGCUUUGGUGACCAAAACCAACCGCAUCGCUCGCAUCCUGGCAGGCAGCAAGAAGAAGAUCUGCACCAGGAAGCCCAGGUUCAUGAGCGCCUGGGCCCAGGUGGUGAUCGCCUCCAUCCUAAUCAGCGUCCAGCUCACCCUGGAGGUCACCCUCAUCAUCAUGGAGCCUCCUGAGCCCAUCAAAUCCUACCCAAGCAUCAGAGAAGUCUUCCUCAUCUGCAACACCAGCAACGUGGGUGUUGUUGCUCCGCUGGGCUACAACGGUUUGCUCAUCAUGAGCUGCACCUAUUAUGCCUUCAAGACCCGCAACGUUCCCGCCAACUUCAACGAGGCCAAAUACAUCGCCUUCACCAUGUACACCACGUGUAUCAUCUGGCUGGCAUUUGUGCCCAUCUACUUUGGCAGCAACUACAAGAUCAUCACCACGUCCUUCUCCGUGAGCCUCAGCGUGACUGUAGCUUUGGGGUGCAUGUUCACUCCGAAGAUGUACAUCAUCAUCGCCAAGCCAGAGAGAAACGUGCGCAGCGCCUUCACCACCUCCGACGCCGUGCGCAUGCACGUCGGCGACGGCAAAAUCGCCUGCCGGAGCAACAGCCUGCUCAACAUGUUCAAGAGGAAGAAGAACACUGGGAAUGGCAGAUUGGUGGAGCUCUAUUCCCCCGAGCCUCUGCAGCCAAAUAGUGUAAUCCCCCAGCUCAUCAAGGAGGAGGCGGCGGUGGUGGUGGGCAAGUUUAAAAGUGACAUCCCUGUGCUCAGCAUGCCCGAGGCCGUGAGCGGUGGCAUGCCAGUGUACCACCAGGCCCACCUCAUCCAGCAGGAGCCCAUCCUGCCUCUGCACCUCGACCCGUUCGACAAGGAGCCCACCUCCCCUUUGGAGGAGGAGGAGGAGGAGGAGAUGGAGAACGAGCAGUUCGGCCUUCUCCACGGCUACAUGUACAACAACGCCCAGAUUCAUGACGAGGAGGAGUUGGUCGAGGUUAAACUGGCGAUGGAGGAGUCUCUGGCUCUGAUGCCUCCGUCCCCUUUCCGCGAUUGCUCCGGCGCCCCGGUGAGCCCCUUCCCCAACUCGCCGGUGUCCGAGUCGAUUUUGUGCACGCCCCCGAACGCGACGUACGCCUCGGUCAUCCUCAGAGACUACAAGCAAAGCUCCUCAACUCUGUGA